UUGUUUACAACGAACGACGUCGUUUCCUCUGGCUCGUUUUUAUUGCCCCGUCGACAUCUCUCCGGCACGAUUGUUCAGUUCUACUUCCAAUUUCCUGGUCGAAAGAUCAAUCAUUUGGAAUUGGAUGUUAGAUUCAAUUCCAAAACAUCUUUUUAUUUGGACAGCCAGAUCUCAGAUGUCCUGAAAGGUUCGGAGAAUAUAAAAGAAGUACACUUGAGAAGCUAAUCUGAUGAAUGGAGGAGGCUCUAAUACUCUGCGUUCAGCAUUCUCCUAUUGUGUACAACAAGUACGAAACUAUGACUAUCAUCACUACCUCUGUCUCCUCGAACUCCCACCUGAUAUGCGUAAAGCCGCGUUCGCACUCCGAGCUUUCAAUGUGGAAACCGCAAGAGCCAUGGACGUUGCAUCUGAUCCCAAAAUCGGCUUGAUGAGGUUACUCUGGUGGCAAGAAGCGAUCGACAAACUCUACACCAAGAAACCCAUCAACCACCCAGCUGCACAGGCUCUGUCUUGGGCUAUCUCAGAGCAUAGCAUCAGCAAGCCGUGGCUAAAACGCUCGGUCGAAGCUAGAAUCCGAGAUGCUCAAAGAGAAGCUGACGAUUUACCAGAGAGUAUCGAGGAGCUCGAGAGAUACGCAGAGGAUACGGUUUCAACUCUUCUGUAUAAUACACUCCAAGCAGGAGGGAUUAGUUCGACAGCAGCUGAUCACGCGGCUUCGCACAUCGGUAAAGCCAGUGGUCUUGUCUUGCUUCUGAAAUCUUUGCCGUAUCACUGUACCAGAAACCGUCACCACAGUUACAUCCCUGCGAAGCUCGCGGAGAAGCACGGGUUGCUUGUGAAACAAGGAGGACGAUCAGAGAUCCUUCUGGAUACGAAUUCAAGAGAAGGACUAUGCAACGUUGUGUUUGAGAUUGCGUCUGUCGCCAAUGUACAUCUCUUGAAAGCCCGUGAACUUGCGGGAAAGGUCCCCGCGGAGGCUAAACCGGUUCUGCUUCAUUCUGUGCCGGUACAAGUUCUUCUCGAUUCGUUAAGUAAAGUACAUUUCGACGUGUUUGAUCCCAAGAUUCAAAGAGGAGUUCUUGGUGUUCCUCCUCUUGUGUUUCAGUUUAAACUCAAGUGGUAUUCAUGGAGAUCUAUGUUCUGAACACUCUGUCUUUCUCUGUUUUCAAAGACAUUACAGUAAACCUUUACUGUAUUUGUAUUUUUCCUUGUAAUAAUACAAAUGGUGAUAGAUACAAAACAAAACAAAACAAAAAUUGUUUCCCUUUUCUCUCUACAGUUUCAUAGAAUCUAAAUCUAUAUACAAUGUUACAGUGGAACAAUCCCAUCUUCUUGCAUUUUUCUAUACAACUCAUCUGCUUCAUGCCACAUACGUUUCCUGCGAAACCCUGAGAUCAUCGUAGUGUACGAUACAACAUCAGGCUCAACUCCAUUACACGACAGGCUACAGAACAAGUCCCAAGCAUCUUCCACAUAACCAGCCUUACACAUCCAGUGAAUAACGAUAUUAUACGUCGUAACAUCAAGAUCCAUCCCGCUCUUUCGCAUAUCCUCGAACACAACCAAGGCUUUCUCUAUCUUCCCGUUAUCACAAAGACCAUCUAACAAAAUGCUGUAAGUCCUUACAUUGUGAGGAGAAUCCAUCCGUCUGAAAAUCUCUUGAGCAACAUCUAUUUUCCCCGCUCGAAAGUAGCCUUGGAUUAUCGUGUUGUAAGUGACGGUGUCUCGAGUUAUCCCUCUACAAGACAUCUCGGUGAAGAGCUUCUUCACAUCAUCUACUCUCUUAGACUUGCAAAACCCGUUUAUGAGAGUGUUAUAAGUCACUAUGUCCGGGAAACAAUCGUUGCUAACCAUCAAAUCGAGCAUUCUCUUGGCCUCGUCUACACGGUCGUGCAUACAGAGCCCGUUGAUCAUCGAGUUGUAAGUGAAGACGUCAGGAGCUAUAGACCUACGGAUCAUCUCCUCGUAGAGCUCUUUAGCGUCAAGAAAGUUUCCAUCUUUCACAGACGCAUCGAUCAACGCGGUGAAAGUGAUGACAUUAGGGACGACAUUGCUCAUUACCAUCCCCCUUAGAAGCCGAGCAGCGUCGUUGCAUCGACCAGAGCUACAGAGACCGGUGAUGAGCGAGUUGUAAGUAACUGUGUCGGGUCUAACUCCAUUUCUAUCCAUUUGUUCGAACAGUUCCAACGCGUGGCUCACCAAUCUGUUCUUGCAGAAACCAUCGAUGAUCGUGUUGUAGAUGACGACAUCGGGUUUACAUCCCAUUGCCUCCAUUCGAACAACUAAGUCUAUUGCAUCGAAAACUCUGUUCUCUUGACAGAACCCAUUGAUGAGGGAGCUAAGCGUGACGACAUCGGGCUCGUGGCCAAGCUUCACAAUCUUCCCGAUAACAGAUAAAGCAACUGAGAAUCGAGAGCACCGGCAUAAGCAAUUGAUUACGAUGUUGUAUGUGUAGAGAUCAUGCGUGAUUCCCAGAAACUCCAUCUGGUUGAAGAAAGAGAUCACAAGAUCAAACUUCUUCAUUUUGGCGAUUUCACUCAAUACACAGCUGAAAUCGACUACGGAAGGAAGAGGAUGAGAUUGAAUCAUGCGACUGAACAUUUCAAUUGCGACUUUUAAAUCAGUUUUACUCGAUCUAUUUCCGAAAUCACUGGAGGUAGAAAAAGUUCGUCUUCUGUAACAACAGCAACGGGUAAAGAAAGGAGCAGUUACGAGAUUACCUCUCUCAAGAAGACGACGAUUGAGAAAUUCCUUCGCUUUCGAUGCAAUUGAAACCGAAAACGUUCUCUUCAUUCGAUUUUGAUUGGGUUUGUUUGUUCAUAAUCAAUGUGUUUAAACCCUGUAAUAAAAC